GAUCAUGGCUGAUCAUCCAGAAUCAGUACCCCAUUCCUGCUCUCUCCCCAUAUCCCCUGACUCUGCUAUUUUUAAGAGCCCUAUAGCUCUCUCUUGAAAGCAUCCAGAGAACCUGCCUCCACCGCCUUCUGAGGCAGAGAAUUCCAUAGACUCACAACUCUCUGUGAGAAAAGGUGUUUCCUCGUCUCUGUUCUAAAUGGCUUACCCCUUUUUCUAAAACUGUGGCCCCUGCUUCUGGACUCCCCCAACAUCGGGAACAUGGUUCCUGCCUCUAGCAUGUCCAAACCCUUAACAAUCUUAUAUGUUUCAAUGAGAUACUCUCUCAUCCUUCUAAACUCCAGAGUGUACAAGCCCAGCCGCUCCAUUCUCUCAGCAUAUGACAGUCCCGCCAUCCCGGGAAUUAACCUUGUAAACCUACGCUGCACUCCCUCAAUAGCAAGAAUGUCCUUCCUCAAAUUAGUGGAAUUAGCUGCGGUCCCAGCUCCGAGCCGUGCGGUUACCCCACUAGUCACUGCCUACCAUUCUGAAAGGGACCUGUUAAUCCCUACUCUCUGCCCCCCCCCCCCCCGCCCCCAACCAAUUUUCUAUCCAUUUCAGCACUCUACCCCCAAUACCAUGUGCCCUAAUUUUGCCCACUUAUCUCCUAUGUGGGACCUUAUGAAAUGCUUUCUGAAAGUCCAGGUACACUACAUCCACCGGCUCUCCCUUGUCCAUUUUCCUAGUUAUCUCUUCAAAAAAUUCCAGAAGAUUAGUCAAGCAUGAUUUCCCCAUCAUAAAGCCAUGCUGACUUGGACCGAUCCUGUUUUAUUGCUAUCCAAAUGUGCGGCUAUUUCAUCUUUUAUAAUUGACUCCAGCAUCUUCCCCACCACCGGUCAGGCUAACUGGUCUAUAUGUUUCUAUGUGUGGGGUGGUGCGAUGUUCUGUGCUGCGUCCACAACUCUUGCGGGUAUUGGACGGAGUAAUUCCCAAACCGUGCCAUGAUACUUCCCCAUUAAGAUGCUUUAUCUCUACGCCACAUCUGUAUAAUGUGCACUCCCUUAUCAGCUGAGUCAUCAGUUUCUUUGAGGUGGGAAACUCAUCGGAAGUGGGUGUGAUAGUGGAUCAGGGUUGAGCACUAUAUGAAGUGUCUCAUCGAGUCCCAGCUACAGACCCAGACGCACGCAGGAGAGAUGAGUCUCCAGAGCCUGAUGUUCCUGCUCCUCAUCUCCGCGGUCCAGGUAACUGGACUGGAGGGGGAGAGAUGCCACACUCCUGGGCCGCCGAAGGACAAGAUGGUGUCGAUGUUCUGCGAUUUCAUGCAGACCUAUAAUAAAUCCUACAAGGACCAGGAAGAAGAGACCCGACGUUUUAAGAUCUUUGUGGAGAACCUGGAGCGGGCGAGGCAGUAUCAGGAAACAGAGAUCGGGAGCGCCAGAUACGGGGUCACCAAGUUCAGCGACCUCUCAGCUGAGGAAUUCCAGCAGGGAAGCCAAGCGCCGUCUAUUCCAUUAGAAUGCAAAGAAUUCCCCGGUUACAUAUUCCCAGAAAACAUCCCAAGGUCCGUGGACUGGCGGGAGAAGAAUUGCGUCACAGCAGUUAAAGACCAGGUGAGGGUGAUUUGCAAAGGUCAAUAGCUCAAUGGUCAGGAGGUAGGAACGGGGUACUGAUUGGGGAUGAUCAGCCAUGAUCACAUUGAACAAGCUGGCUCGAAGGGCGGAACGGCCUAUUCCUGCACCUGUUGUCUAUUGUCUAAGGUGACAAGCGGAAAGGA